CAGGUCACAGCAACUCCCAUAAUUGACAAGUACAACAACGCUCUCGAAUCAGCCAAUAGCGGGGACAACACAUUCUUUUGCAUCUCCCCAAGUUUCGUCCAGUCCUACUCCUCCAACCAGUUCUACAUCACCGGAAACCCCCCCACCCUGCGAAUGCGUGGCAUCCCCGCCCCUUUCUCUCGCACUGCAUUUGAAAACAUCUGUGUGCUCCUCACACUCACCUCUGCUGCUAUUCCAGAGAAUGGAACGGUUCUGAAUCUAAAUCCAGGGGAUGGUAGCCAGCAGGCGUAUCCUGAUGCACAUCGCUGCAUCGCCUUUAAAACCGGCCCAAAGGGGCCGAGAGGUUCGUGUGCAGGAAAUGUGAGUCAGGCUCCUGUUCCAGCUCCCAGCCCUGCCCCAGUUCCAGCUCCCACCCCUGCGCCCGUACUUGCUCCCGGACCUGCACCAGUGCCUGGACCUAGUCCUGCAUCUGUGCCUGCUCCCAGCCCUGCACCGGUGCCAGCGCCCAGCCCUGCUCCUGUACCUGCUCCUAGUCCUGCCCCUAUACCUGCUCCUGGACCUGCACCCGUGCCUGCUCCAGGACCUGCACCCGUAUCUGCCCCCACUCCUGCACCUGUGCCAGCUCCUAUCCCUGCCCCCAUACCUGCACCUAGUCCGGCACCUGUACCUGCUCCCGGACCUGCACCUGUGCCUGCUCCUAGCCCUGCUCCAGUCCCUGCUCCUAGCCCAGAACCAGCUCCUGCUCCACCUCUCCUAUGCCGCCCCGCGCCACCUAAGCCAAAGUGCCCACCAGCUUCUCCGGUCCCUCCCAAGAUCCCAAGGCAGUAAUUCCGCGAAUUCCGCCACCUAACUCCACUCCAUAGAUAUCAGUUUCCGCCCCUCCUCGUGUCGGCGAGGUUGUCCGAUAAAGUUUCUAGCUUUGCUGCUCGUCUUUGACUACUGGUCACCAAUCCUAUCUGUUUUCGCACAAAUUGUAUCGGUGCUAGAAAGUAUCUGCUAAAGGUGACCAUAGCCGUGACCGCAGCCAUGGCGGACAACCGUCGAUGGUUCAACAUGCGAGCGCCGAAGCCUCCCGGACCGGGAAGGAUCCGGGAGGACGAGGAAGGAGUGGAUCCUCCGGAGCAGGAAAUGGAUCCCGCUUCGGACAUUACUAAGCAGAAGGUGGCUGCUGCGAAGAACUACAUUGAGCAGCACUACCGCAACCAGAUGAAGACGAUUCAAGAACGCAAGGAUAGGCGGAACGAGCUGGAGCGGAAGUUGGAGGAGGAGGACGUGCCGGAGGAGGAGCAGCAGCGCAUCAUGCAGGAGCUGGAGAGGCGCGAGACGGAGUUCCGCCGACUGCAGCGACACAAGAUGAGCGUCGACGACUUCGAACUGCUCACUAUCAUCGGUCGAGGGGCCUUCGGCGAGGUGCGCAUCUGUCGGGAGAAGAAGACGGGCAGCGUGUAUGCGAUGAAGAAGCUCAAGAAGGCAGAGAUGCUUCGGCGCGGCCAGAAGAAGACGGGCAGCGUGUAUGCGAUGAAGAAGCUCAAGAAGGCAGAGAUGCUUCGGCGCGGCCAGGUCGAGCACGUGAAAGCAGAACGUAACCUGCUCGCCGAGGUGGAGAGCAAGUGCAUCGUGCAGCUCUACUGCUCGUUCCAGGACGACGAGUUCCUGUACCUUGUAAUGGAGUACCUCCCUGGCGGGGACAUGAUGACGCUGCUCAUGCGCAAGGACACGCUCACGGAGGACGAGGCGAGGUUCUAUGUGGGCGAGACGGUGCUGGCGAUCGAGAGCAUCCACAAGCACAACUACGUGCACAGGGACAUCAAGCCCGACAACCUCCUGCUGGACCGCCACGGGCACAUGAAGCUGUCGGACUUCGGCCUCUGCAAGCCCCUCGACACCAGCACCUUCCCCGCUGUGGAUGUGGAGGAGGCUGCCGCCAUGCUGUCGAACGCGUCCCUUGACGGGAAUCAGUCGGGGUCGGGGCGGAGCCAGGCGGAGCAGCUGCAGAACUGGCAGAAGAACCGACGCACGCUGGCGUACUCCACAGUGGGUACUCCAGACUACAUUGCACCGGAAGUGCUUCUAAAGAAGGGCUACAGCCUGGAGUGCGAUUGGUGGAGCAUGGGAGCUAUCAUGUACGAGAUGCUCAUUGGCUACCCGCCAUUCUACUCUGACGACCCCAUGACAACCUGUCGUAAGAUUGUGAACUGGCGCACGCACCUCAAGUUCCCCGAGGAGGUGAUCAUCUCACGGGAGGCCAGGGACCUCAUCUGCCGCCUGCUGUGCGACGUGGAGCACCGCCUGGGCACCCGCAGCGUCAGCGACAUCAAGAACCACCCGUGGUUCCGCGGCCUCCCCUGGGACCGCCUGUACAAGAUGGAGGCGGCUUUCCUCCCGGAGGUCAACGACGAGCUCGACACCCAGAACUUUGAGAAGUUUGACGAGGUGCCUGAGGCCAGUGGAGCGCAGAAGGCAGGGCCCUGGAAGAAGAUGCUGCCAUCCAAGGACAUCAACUUUGUGGGCUACACCUACCGCAACAUGGAGAUAGUGCAGGAGACACACUCGCCCCUAGGUGGGGCGCUGGAACUGAAAAAGAAGAGCAAGGGCAAGAAGCCAGGCCUCAACUCCCUCUUUGCAGACGCCCCAGCUGCAUCUGGAGGCGGGGACCCUCACGACAGCCAUUCUCACAGCAGUGGCAGCAGGCCAGCGUACGGGGGAGGGGGAGGUGGCGGAGGGGGAGGGGGGAGAGGAGGAGGGGACUACGGGAGGGAUGAUGGGCAAGACGACAGGGGCAGUGAUUACGGUAGGGAGUAUGGGGGGAGAGGGGGUGGGGGAGGAGGAGGUGGAGGAGGGAGGGGAGGGUAUGAUGAGUAUGAGGAGGAAGCGCCUCCAAGGGUGUCUAAAGCGGGAGGGGGAGGGGCAUACAGGCAACAGGAUCAUCACGGGUAUCAAGGUGGUGGGGGUGGUGGGGGAGGGGGUGGGUAUAGCAAUCGUGGUGGUGGUGGGGGUGGUGGUGGGCGGUAUUAGAGGAGUGAGGGUGGUAGGUACAUCUGGCUGGCGACGAUUCGUAGGGGGAUGAUGAACAGUGCACUGUUGCUGAAAAAUGUGCUGAAAAAAACCCGUGAUGCAUGCCUGUUUGGACCACAUGAGGAUGGAAAGACAAUUCUCUUCAUUUGCCAUGACAAGCAAAAGUGGUUUUCUUGUUCGUGUUCAUAUUUAUGGUAAGAUCUGUAUUCUGGGU